AUGGUCAUCAUGCCAUGGCUCUUACCGCGCACGUUACGCUUUCGCACCACUUCCAGAGCUACAACCCGACGAUGUGCAAGACCACUGGACUACGUUCUAAACCAUCAUCUACCACGCUCUGAUGCCAAACUCUUGAGUGGCAGAUGGAAGAAAGCCUGGCCGACUCUGCUCCGUGACCUGCGCGAAAUAGGCCGCCUCAGCCAUCCAGAUGUUGACUAUGAUGCAUCGGAUCCAGAACCUGCCCCAAAGGAUGCCGUCCUCUAG